ACAAAUCGUCAGAUGGACAAAAAAAAAUUAAAUAAGGUAAGCAGUAUCUUAUGUUAUCUUUAAAAUCUCGUCCAUAGAAUUGAUUGAAUCGAAUUGUGUUUUUGGAGAAAAUCGAACUUCUUAAACCGUCCAGUAUUGAAUUUGCUGAGCGGAGGAAUCGAAAUUUUUAGGAGGGAGGAAGAAAAAUGUGGGGAUUUGGAGGUAGGUAUUACUGGGCAGGGAAAGAAAGCGGAGGGAAAAGAGAGGGGAUAGUGGUGGUGUUCGCCUGGAUGUCGAGUGAAGAGAGACACUUAAAUCGCUAUGUCCAGCUCUAUUCAUCUUUGAGAUGGAAUUCACUUGUUUGCCAUUCUCAAUUUCUCAACAUGUUCUUCCCUGAGAAGGCUGAAGCACUAGCAUUUGACCUUCUCAAAGAACUUGUUGAGGAACUAAAGGUUGGACCAUGCCCUGUUGUCUUUGCAUCUUUUUCUGGUGGUCCAAAGUCCUGCAUGUAUAAGGUUCUCCAGAUAAUCCAGGGUAUAUGUGAAGCAAAAGUGAAUUCAGAUGAAUGCCAACUGGUUAGGGACUGUUUAUCAGGCUAUAUCUAUGAUUCUAGUCCAGUGGAUUUUACUAGUGACUUGGGUGCUCGAUUUGUUGUUCACCCAACUGUUCUGAAUAUGUCUCAUCCACCGAGAUUAGUCUCGUGGAUAGCAAAUGGUAUUGCUUCUGGGCUUGAUUCCCUCUUCCUUAAUAGGUUUGAAUCACACCGAGCUGAAUAUUGGCAGACUCUGUACUCAUCUGUUAACAUGGGCGCUCCCUAUCUAAUUUUAUGCUCAGAAAAUGAUAAUCUUGCUCCUUACCAAGUUAUCCAUAAUUUCUCUCAACGAUUACGAGAACUUGGGGGAGAUGUAAAACUUGUGAAAUGGAAUGACUCUUCUCAUGUAGGCCAUUAUCGGCAUUAUCCUAUUGACUACAAGGCUGCUGUGACUGAGCUGCUAGGCAAGGCAGCUGCAGUUUAUUCCCAACGGAUUCAAAAACUUGAAGGAGAAAGAAUGGCCUUGGAGGGAACACAUGAUAAGAUGGCAAAUCCCAUAUACAACCUGAGGAAGGCGGCAUACAGCCCUACCCGAAGUUUUCGGGGAACUUCUCUUGUGCCAGUUGACCAUUUCCUCAUGCCCAGCUCAAUGGAGUUUUAUGAUGGUAGAGAUGUUGGGUCCAUGCAAGAUGAACACAAGGAGGGAUUAAUUCAUCUGUCUAAUCCACCAAGCAUUAAUGCUCACGGAGUUCUUGGUCAAAUUCUUUUUGAUGUUUGUGUUCCCAAAAAUGUUGAAGGUUGGGACAUAAUGUCAUCAGAUUCCUUGAAUGGACGCCGAUAUACUACAAGGAGGCAUGCCCCGUUUAAUCCUAUCAAAUGUAUACGUCGCUGUAGAUUAUAAUGUUUCACUGACAAGUUUUGGCGGAGACAGAAUACGCAAAAUCCAAAUCUUGUACGAGUCACUUAAUGGCAAUGUCCUUGCUUCCAGCACCAUGAAUUUGAGUUAAUAAAAAGACAUGGGGCGUUUGACAUGCAUAUGGUGAUCAUUCUGAUUUGUUGUUUUUUGUAGGACAGUAAAAACACUACGAAGGCUUGCGCUUGUGGACUCUAUUCUAACAGAAUGUACAGUAUUUAGAGGAAA